AUGUUUACAAGCACGGGCAGGACAGCGCCUCCCCAGGCGUUCAUGUCCAGCUAUGCGCCGCGCCUGCGAUCUCACGGAAACUCGUUAAUAUCGCCAAUCGUCCCGGCGUCCAACACACUUCCUGCGCCGCGCGUGACGAAACGCGGAACGGCCGUCAUCAGCUAUGCAGAGGGCGUGGACGACGAUGACGACUUCGAAGACAGCGACCGCCCGCGCCGCGCGACCGGCCUGCGCAGCGUGCAGAGAGGAGACGACGCGUCGAACAUGGACAAGACGGCGCAAAUCGCAGCGCUGGGCCAGGAGUUGACUGCGCCUGUCGACCUUCAGGGCAUCUGGCGUGACUGGAUGGGACGGCCCAAGCGCACAUUGACCGAGAAACAGGUGCACGUGCAGUCUGUCUUGCCCGUCACUCUGAUUCCCAUCCGAAUCGACAUGGACAUACAGUCUUUCCGCCCUGAUGCCCCGCUUCCAACGCCCUCCAAUGCCCGCGACUUCGGCAUCAACGAGAGCCUGCCCGCAUACAAGCAGCCCGACAUGACGCCGGCAUACAGGCUGAAGGACACUUUUCUGUGGAACCUGCACGAGGCUCUGAUGACGCCAGAUCAGUUCGCAAAGCAGUUUGUGGACGAGUUGGAUCUCCCGGCAACCCGCAAGCCCCAGCUGAUCCUCGAAAUCGCAAACCAGAUCCGGCAGCAGUUGGAGGAGUAUGCAGGAGUCGCGCUGCACCCUCUCUUCCACUCCACAACAUCACCUGCACUCGAUGCGACUGCGACUAAGCCUGCUCUGCCUGCAGCAGCAUUGGACGGGACCUCGACACCUGCAGUACCAGCCACAAACGGCACGUCGACCCCUGCAGUACUGCCCACAAAUGGCAUAUCCACACCCGUUGCGAAUGGUACAACGCACACAGACGGCGCGCAAACACCUGCAGCCGUGCCGAAUGGCGUCAGUGCCUCUGCUACCGCGUUGCCCUCUGAGGAACUACACAAUCCAGACGAUACCUACCGCUGCAUCGUCACGUUGAACAUCAACCUGAUGAAUCGAUUGUAUACCGACAAGUUCGAAUGGUCAUUACUGCACCCUCCAGGUUUUGCGGAAAUGUUCGCAAAGGUUACGUGUGCCGAUCUAGGUUUAUCUGGAGAAUGGGUAGCAGCCAUGACACACGCCAUAUACGAAGCAGUUCUGCGUCUAAAGAAAGAAGCCUGCGAAAACGGUGGACUAGUUGGCGAUGGCGAGAUUGACAACGAUGCUGUGGAACCCACAAUCGGUGCAGGCUGGAGAUAUGACCAAGAGCACCUCUGCGACGAGUGGGAACCCAAGGUCGAGAUUCUCUCCCAAGAAGAAAUAGAAAAGCGUGAAGGCGACCGUGAACGACAAAUCCGUCGACUACGACGAGAAACCGCGCGCUUUUCCUCUACCACAAACAUGAGCGGGGCCCCACAAAACGAAUUCUUCAACAACAUCGAACAGCAGGAGAACAUGGGUCGCGGCGAGCGUAGCAAGAAGAAGCGACGCUUCAGGAGUCUCAGUCCUGUGGGCCGCGACACGCCGGGCGCAGGAUCUGGAUACGGUGGACAAGACGGAGGGUUGCAAGACGGGGAACGCACUACUUGGCGAUGCGCACAUUGCUGUGUAUGGGGCACUGCCGUCUGGGCCGUCCGCGACGGCCCGCGAGGCCCACGCAGCCUUUGUAACAACUGCGGAUAUUUGUAUGAGCGGGACAAGAAACUGCCGCCAUGGUCGGAGAACCUGUUCCUCCAGGAUCGUCCAUAUCACGAUGUCCAGACGUAUCGGCCGCAGCGGUAG